GGUUCGCCCGGCGGCGGCGGUGGCAGUUUGGCGGCGGGGAGGCGCGGUGACGGUUCGGCUGCUGGGGCGCCCCCGUCCCCGCGGGACGCCCGGCCCGGCCCGCUCGGCGGCUUGAAAUUCCUCUUGCUAGUCUUCCAUUCUGUUAAAUGCUUCGCAAACCAGAGCAAAGGAAGAGACGUGAAGAGUUGAAUUUCACUGCCUUGUUUGGAACUGGGUGGAAAUCCUGGAGAUGGAUCUCUUAGGAGACUGUCUUCCAAUGGGGUUAGAUGCACAGGAGCAAUGGAUCGCCCCAGCUACCUGGAAGAGGACUAUUCUAGCCUGGAUGGGCUGGACGAUGACGUGUUUCACUCUGAUGACUUUGGACUUGCAGGUCAGCCUGGUGAGAUGACUGCAACUGGCAUUUUCACACAGAACCAGUCCUACAGCUGCCUUCUGGGGAGGUUUCAACUAUUUCCCCUCACACACUGCUGUGGUCCCGGUGUCAGGCAUCCUGAGCAGCAGGACAAGGCAACUCAAACACUCAGCCCGUCCUCUUCCAGUCAGGAUGUUAUGUUGCCUUGUGGAGUCACUGAAGAGCCCCGGAGACUCUUCUAUGGGAAUGCUGGUUACCGCUUACAUGUCCCCCCAGUUGGCUUUGCAUUGGAUCCAAAUCUCCAAGAAGAGCCUCAGGAAGGUCAGCGGGAGGCGCGCACUGAGGUGCAGAUUGCACGGAAGUUGCAGUGCAUUGCAGACCAGUUCCACCGGCUCCACAUACAGCGGCAUCAGCAGAACAGAAAUCAAGUGUGGUGGCAGCUUUUUCUCUUUCUACACAACUUGGCCUUAAAUGUGGAGGCGAACAGGAACCGCACUGGGCAGAGGUGAGCUUCACCCACCUGUUUCAGGCCACAUCCAGUCUGCAGGGAGCACUGAACAAACACUGGUUCGGGGGAGAGACAUGCACACCGCCGGCCGGAUGUGAGGACUCUGAAAUUCUUAUACUCGUCUUCAAGUUUGGGGUUUUAUGGACUCUUCUUUGCUGCUCCCUGCCUUGUGAGGUGGGGAGCUCUUGUCCAACACUGUUGAAGGAAAGCCAGAAUGUGGAUGUGUUUGGUAAAGCUUGCUGCUGGUUCCCCGCACCGAUAACCUCUGUGCAGGAGAGGCAGGUAUUAGGCUAACAGUUUCCUCUGCCCUGUGUGUCACUCAGUGAUAGAGUGCAGGAGAGUCAUUUUGACUGCUAGUUAAAAAGGAUGUCUGAGGACUGAUGACUUUGAAUAUCAAACGUACUUCGGGAAUCUUCACAAGCAGAGAUGAUUCUUCCAUGAUGAAAGUUCUUUUUAACAACGAAAACAUUUCAGUAGCUUAUAUUCAGCAGGUUACUUGUUUUCUGAAUGGAUUUAUUUCUUUGCAUCUUAAGUGAGAGAAAAUCACAAAGAAAUACAAUCUCCUCAAUCUUUCCAUUGGGCACCAGCUGCAGCUCUCUCAUAUGAAGUUAUUCUUUGUCAUUGCUGCCAAUACACCAAACUGUUUCAGUAGAAUGUUCUUGAAAACAUUCCUGGAGUUAUUGGUGACUAUUAACUUCUGUCCCUCUUCACUUCCAAUUGAGUACUCACAGUACCCAUAAGCCAGCAUGAAACUAAAAUCAUGGAAUAUGACACAUGUCAUUUUUUCUACAAUGCUAUUGUAAAUGCUUUUAUUAGUUUUAUGAUGAGUGGUUUUGUUUGUUUGUUUCUCCCUCUUGUCACCAUAAUGUGGUUGGUUGGGAAGGCUUAGGUCCCAGGCGUCUGAUUAGAAUUGCUUUAGGAUUUGACGUGAAUGUUAACUAGCAGCUGGUUUGACACAUACACUGUGCAAGCAAUUUGUCCACUACUCCACUAAGUAGUGUUUGGAGGCAAACACUGACCAGCAGCAAUAAUAUUACUUCAUGAGAGACCUUCUAGUGGUUCCUACUUCAUAUGCACUCAGAAAUUUGUCCACGUGAUUGACACUAUUGGACCAGCAGAGGAAAAUAACCCUACCAAAACGAUGCAGCCUUAAAGAUCUAAGGCUUCCUCUGUGCAGCCUUAAAUAUCAUUAGUUCACAAACCCAGUGGUAACUAAGGUAAAAUAUUAACAGAAAAAACAAUACAGACUUCAUUUUUCAGACCACUUCCAUAUCUCCACUGCACCUUGUUGUAGAUCUCAAAUUACAAAACUAGCUUAAGGAAGAUCUUUCCAGAGAUUUGCUCUUUAACCCCAUUACAAAUGCUAACUUCAGCUGUUGAGAAAUUUUUCUGCUAUUGGUUGACCCUGAAAAAUAGGCAUUGCUGUAAGAGAAGAGUAGUUUACUUGCACAUACACUUUCUCCUCCAUUCCUCUCUGCAUAUCCUUUUAUAAUUCAUGCUUUCUCUGGUAUUUUGUAUGAUGUCAUCAAUGCACUAUAGUGUAUGGUAAAAUUUGCUGAACACAUUUAAAUGUGGACUUUCUCCCUCUUUUCCAGCCGCAUUUUCUUUAUCUGCAUCCUGCUUUACUGUGGCAAAAUGUGCUUCAGCUCCCCGAAAGAGGUCUCAAAGCCUUUUUCACUUUCAUAUAUUCACAAUUGCUCUCUUGCAACAUAAUGAGAGUUUGUGAGAAAAGCUUUUUUUCUCCUUUUAUGUUAUUUUUUUCUAGCUAGGGCUAGAGUAAUAUGUUUGUCCAGGAUGAUUAAUAAUUCAUGCAAAUGAAUCUCAAGUAAUAUUUUAGGGGGUGGGUUUUAGGAUGGGGGGAGGUUUUUGGGGGGAGGGCGUUGUUUUGGUUUUUAAAUUGUUUCUUUAAGCAUGUGCACUACAGAGUUACCCAGAGGGAUACAAGUGCUAUCUGUUGCCAACUAUGUUGCAGCAGUAUGAGAAGCCAAUCUCUACCCAUGUUUUACAGAGAUGAGGUUUUCCAUACCUUGCUUUGCGCAGUCUGCUUGGAGUAAAUGCUGUUUAUUGGAGAACAAGGACUUUAGUGGGGGCGAAAGCCUGAGGGGUAGUGUGAGAACAGACUGAGGUGGGUGCCCCUAAGAAACUGGAUGCUAAGGGCAAGACUCUUAAAAUAGGAAAUCUUAAAGAGGCUGGAGUGAGUGUGCUGAGGCUCAGGGAGCAAUGCAGCUGUGUUGCCUGCCAGCAUGCUCCAGGACUUGAUGCUUGCAUUUUCCCGCUGGGUGCCAUGGCUCCUUUAUUGGGCACAGUCACAGACCAGUAGGUCAAAGCUUCGUCAUAACAACCCCACAAACUAUGAAGGACUCAACAAGUGCAUCUGACGCCUAAAAAACGUCAUGAGGUUCCUGCUUCCCCGCUGCUUUGUCUUGACUGCGAAACAGGCCAAUAAUACCAGUACCUGCUCUGAAUACAUAAGCUGGAAAGUAGGUCUGGUAUUGGCACUUUCUGAUAUUGCAACCCUACCGGUUAUUCUAGGACAUAACUGUUCUUAAUGUGGAGAAACAAAUACCUGAAAUUGUUCAGCAGUCAGGCUGACUGCCUGAAUAGAAUCACUUGGCUCAGGGAAAGACACAGCUUUGCCAGUCCGUAUUUCCCAUUGUAACAACAAACUUAUCAAAAUUGGUCAUGCCAAGGUCUUUAGUUAAAAUCUCCUCAAACAACAAUACUUCAUUGGAGACAUAGAGCUACUCCUAGACAAAGGCUGACUUCCUGCAAUACGCAUGGUGGUUAAUGUUGCCAGAGAUUUGCAACCACUGAUAAUAUAUUUGAAUUAUAUUCCGUAUCUGCAUAUCUUGGAGCAAGGAAAUACGCUCUGUCAACCCAAAAUUCUUAUUUUGCUCCUUGUAGACAUUAUGGGGCAGUCUGGUUUUUCACUUGAGGAAAAGGAGCUGUUUCAUGCUUACAGUCUCACCUACUUGAAGAAAUAAUGGGUACUUGUUAUUUAUUUUUUCCUUCUGGCCUGGUCAGAUGAUUCUGUCUUCUCUGGAGGGUGAAAAGAUUUCACAUGUUUACUAACAAAUGCACAAAUGUGCAUCACUCAUGUGAUCAUCCUUUUGUUUGACACCCAUCCUGUGUUUGUAAGGACCGUUCAGCAUGCAUUGAGAUCUCAGAAAACCUCUUACAGUGUGACCACAGACACAGGCCAAUUGUUCGGGGAAACACGUCCAAGGAGCAUGGAUUAAGUUCUGUUGGUGAGGGAAUGUGAUCAAUUUUUUUUUCAUACUAAGUUGUCUUCAUGAAAGAAUGGAUACUGUUUUUCUGUGUCGUAAAUCUACAACCUAGCAAUUGGAGAAAACAAUGGGAUCUUCCUUCUACCUACAAAUACCUACAAAUACCUAAUUUUAACAGUCAGUUUUUAAAAAACAAACAGAAAAAAAAAAAAAUCCAACAACUUGAGCUGCUGACAACAGCAGUAUUAAAGUAUCCUCCUUGCUUUUCCCAGAUCUCCAAAAUGGGUUCAGACCUCAGCUUUCUCUCCUUGAGAGAUAGCCUGGUGUCCCUUCUCAACUUCUCACCCUUUUGGGCAUCUUGUAACCUUGGCCAUCCCUGGAUCCAGUAAACCUGGUGCUAGUAGGGAAUAGUUAAUUUCACUUUUGUUUCCUGCAGUUCUUGAAAGCUGAGCCAGUAAUUGCAAAGUGACUGCCCAGGGAUAGCUGCAAACUGCCAUUAAUAGGAUACAAAAAAGGCAGAAGAUAAAUGAAUUUGCGUAGAAAGGAUUGCCUUUGGAUUUGUGUGCAAGGCUGCAGACUUCUCCCAAGGUGCUGAUAAUCUCUGGUAGCACUGAAUUCCUGCAUAACUGAUCACAUAUCUCAGUUUAAAUAGCCUAGUGGGUUAGAUGUUUGUUGGCUAAACUCUCUGGAGAAGAAUCCUGAAAGAAACUUCCCUAUCAGCCUUUGCUUUGGAGAUGUGUAUCAGCAAGGGACUAGAGUAGAGGAACCCAGUCCUUAAUAUAGAAAGGGUGAUUGUGAAGACUUCUCUCUUUCUUUCUAUUGGCUGUUUGCUUUGUCCCUUCAAACCUGAAUUAAAGGUAUAUGAGAUGUGUGCAUGUGAAGUUAAUACAGCCCAACUUCUCCUGUAGCAGUCACUGGAGCUAUAGCCAAGGUUGAAAUUCAUUCUGUAUGGGCCUUGGCACUCAUCUGGGAAGCUACAUAUUCUGCCCAUUAGUAGACUCGGGAGAAGAUUUUCCUUUUUUAAGAAAAAGGAAUAAUACUUGAGGCAGUUGUUGCAGUGUGACCCCCUCAACUCUGCAAAAUUAGUUUCAUCCUUCUGCUACUGGUCCUGACCAAUAUCUUUGCCGAAGGUGUAGGAAUGGUGAGACUGUGACACGCUGGAUGGUGUGUUAUUGGGUAUUUUUAAAGGGAAAAAUACAGGCAGCACAUAAUUUACGUGCUAUAAGCCAAAUGAGAAUGCGGAAAUGUGGAGGCCUUGCCUUAUUUUACCAGCUAUAUUUACUGCAGGAAUAUAAGUAAAAGGACCAUGGGUUGUUCAUUCGUGUUAAUGGGAGCUCUGCACGUGGACCAAGCACUAUGGAGUAUUAGCAUAAUUUGACAGCAAAGGUUUAUAUCGUUCAAGAGUCUGUUUUUCAAACUGGCAUUUGUGCUCAUUUGCAAAAAUGCCUACCUAUUGCCUUUGAUUGUUUUAGCAAGAAGAAAUACCUCAAGGAAUUGAUAAAAGAUCACAGAACAAUCUUUUAUAGUUCCUAAAGACUUCAGUGGUCUCUGUUUCUUUGGUUUGCAUGUGUUCACACAGGUGUUACACAGCUCAGUUCUUCUCCACCAGGAAAAGCAGAAAAGACCAAACACAUCAAAUGCACUGGAAUGUAAUUGUGUGUGUGGGUGUGCGUGGGUGCGUGUGUGUGUUCUUAAACUGAAUGCAGUCUGACAUCCCCUACCCCUUCUUUCUUCCAUGUGCCUCACCUUCCUCCUUAGCCACAGAAAGGAGGGUCUCUUCCUGUGAAUCCUAUGCUGGAAGUUGGUUUCUGGGAAGCGGAACCUAAUGUUCUGUGGGCUGUUUUUUAAAGCCAUGUUUUCAGUUCUGUCUUCAGACUCCUAGCUGCCUUUGGGGAAUGGAGGGGUGGGAAGAGUAGAUUCUUAAACUGUUUUUAAAAUCUAUUAUGAAAAUGUUGCAUGUAUAAAGUUAUUCUUAAAUCUAAAGGAGUCUCCCUGAUUUGUGGACAUAGCUCCAGGAGAGCAUCAUCACAGAUUCCUCAGCUCCAGUUUUUAUCAGAAUAUUAUGAAAGGAAAAAUUGAUGACAAAAGGGGAGAGACUUGGUGUGAUGUAAAGAUAACGUUGUCAGUAUCUUUUUAAAUAAAAGUCAGAAAGUAGGCUUCAAAUAAGGAAAUUUCAAAACACUCAAGGGAUUUGAAUGCCUGUUUCCACUGGAUGCAUUUGGAAAUCCUGCCACUAAAUUUGAGUUUGGGUGUCUAGACUGUUGGGAUUCCUUUUUUUGUGAAACCAAUCGUGCAUCUUUUCUUCUGUUCUUUUCGGUGGUAUGGAGUACACUCUCUCACGUUUCUUGGUAAAAUUCUCUGAUGAGAAUACUGUGAAAUGUGGCUUCAUGUUUUCUCCAUUCCCCUCUUGCAUGACUUUUCUAUUUUUGUGGGAUGCAAUUAAAACUUCAGAGUCCUUCAUCUGGAAAACCAAAACGGUAAAGUGAGCUAGAAUUUACAAUGUACUUGAUAAACUUCCCAUGACCACAGUGGAGGGUUUCCCCACGAUUUCUAAUGUUCACCAGAAUAUUAUACUGUCCUGCUGCAGAAGUAAUUCUGAUGCUCUCCUGUGAGAUUUCUGUCUGGAUUAGUCCUGAAGUGCACACACCUUCUUUGCCAUGGACUGAGACCCAGUGAGAAUGUAGCAUUUUGUUUAUCCUGGUUGUGUGCCUCCAGGACUCCUGCCUGUACCAAAGGUGACUGGGCAGUGCUCCUUUUUUUGUUGGUUUUUUUUUUUUCUUUUCUUUUUUUUUUUUUUCCCAAUCUGUGCAGUAUAUUUGCUUUGUGCUUUCUUUCUUUGGUGCUUUUUAAUACUUUAAUACUUGGAUUGUUUUUUUCUAAUAACUGGUACAAUUUUUAAUAAAAUUGUUAAAUUCUUUA